UUCCAGUAAAUACUUUGGGGACUCAUGACGUCAGUGCACAUGCUGUCUACGUUUGUUUACGUGCUACACCUUGGAUGUGUAUGUGACUAGAUAGUUUAAUUAAUUGACUCUAGUUUCAUGAGGUUAUCUGCUUUCGUCAGAAUGCGUCUUAUCACACAUAAUAUGCUGACUUCACACGUCAAAGGGGUGAAGAAUGGUUACCCAUUAGUUAUAAAGGCGGAAGAUAUUAAGGAACAGGAAACUGAUUUUAAUCCAGAUUUUAUUUCAAGAAUGAUUACAAGAAUUGAAUGGCCAGCAUUAACUAAGGCAAUGGAAAUGAUUGGACACACAGACCAACUGCCUGAAGAAGUCCCUAAAGAUUAUGAAACCAAUAAUGACUUUUUAAAACAAGCCCACCACGCACUUAUGGAGAUAGAAGUUAUAACUGGUAGUUUAACUUGCCCAGAAUCUGGCCGAGAGUUUCCUAUUGCAAACGGGAUUCCUAAUAUGUUGUUAAAUGAAGAUGAGGUGUGAGACAAUAAAGAGCAUUAUGAUGUAACAAUGCAACAACACAAACACAUUGUACGGUUGAAUUAUAUCAUCAACGAAAUUUUUUUGAAAAUAAAACAUUCGCAACAACAUUAAAAAAUCUUUUUAAUAAGUUUCAACAUUACUUUCAUAAAGUUGAAAUGUAAAAACCACCAAUGUGAAGUA